UCCUUCAUGGUGAUGUCUGCUUCAUGUGACUAGCAGCAACCUUCUGCAAAAUAUGUGCUUGAAGGCAUGUACCUCCUGCCUUCACCAAAAUUACAGAUAUAAGGCCUUCCCUGCCCAUCCCCUAGCUCUUUGGAGUGGUUUCUCAAAGCUAUCUAAAAGCUGCCUCUCAGGCUAUAGUCUCCCCCAUCUCCCCACAGAAUAUAGUGCAUGUAAGAUGCACAGGCUAUGGAGGAAAACAAACUACUGUACCGGUUCUGUGCCAUAGCCCCCACUGGAGUCCAGAUCCAGCCCCCCAACCCUUUUUCGUGGUAGGAAAAGAGCAGUUCUUCAGCCCCUCCUGGAAAAACUGCAGCCUUCAGCAUCCCCCAGGUCCCGCCCCUUACGCAGUAGGCGGAGACUGGAACUGCGUGGGUGCGUUGGAGUAUGCGCGUGCGCAGGCAGUAGCUGUCGCAAGGGCGCUCUUACCUGGGUCUGAGGCUGAAAUAUUCGGCACUUGGUGGUCAGUCCUCUGUGCGGUCAAGAGAGAGAGGACAAGACCAAAGGGGAGGCUCAAGUCAAGGGGUGAGCUGAACUGGCCACACGGGCCUCUCGCCUGACGCUCCUGGGCGGCUGCCCGUCAGCCGAGAGCUCUGGCUCGCUUGGCCGGCUUGGCUCCCUGGCGGCAGCUCUGGGAGGAGACGGGUCUGCCAGUAUUUUUCUCCAUCCUUUGUGCUCCCCUUUUAAAAAGCCUCCAGAGCAACCGCUGGGUCCUUGCCCCGGAAGGAAAAGAAAAAGCAUUUCCGUCGUUCUCGUCAGUGACUCCGACCCUAACGGCCCCUUGUCCCCAAGUCCCGGGGAGCAUUCGGUGGAAUUGUCCCGGCUGAUUGUCCGUUAUUCAAGUUUGGUGGGACAGAGAGGAUACAUGAAGAAAGUGAAGAGUUUUCCAAGUGAGGAAAAAGACAGAUGUGGUUCUUUAUGAGAAAUAUCAGUAAUCCUUGAGAGCUAUAGUCCAUUUGGAAAUGGUGCAGUCCUAAAAGGAAGGAAAAAGAAAAAAGAAUGAAACACAUACUGGAGAGAAGCCAUAUAAAUAUAGGAAAUAUGGGAGAGCCUUCCCUAUUUCAUCAGACCUUGCAGCAAACAUGAGAACUCACACUGCCUUACCCUGGCGUGAGAGUUCUUCUCGAAUGAUCCAGAAGCCGGAGCCUCAGAACCCAUCCCCCAAGGCUCUAGACCGGAAGCAGAGGCUCUCAUCCGCGGGUUGUGUGAUCUCUUCUGGAGCUGCAGCUUAUCCUUUGGUGUCCAGUCCGGUCCAGGUUCCGACCGUGGGUCUGGGAGCACCGUUCCAGAAUGAGGAAGGUCAAGGGUAAGGUUUCCUCUCGGGCUGCUCUAGGACCGCGACUACUGCCAGAGCUCUGUUGCCCUGGGCCUCCGGAUGUCAUCGUUUUUAACUACAAGCCCAGACACGUUCCAUCCACCGCUACUGGGGCUUCUCCCGUCUACCUUCUACCGAGAGACUGCUUGUGCUCAGGAGUAGGUCUGUUUGCUCAGAACCCUGCCUGGCCAGGAAGGAGACACAUCAGAAGAAUGGCUGCAGGAUUGCUGACAACCUGGUCACAGGAUUCAGUGACCUUCGAGGAAGUGACAGUAGACUUCUCCCAGGAGGAAUGGGCCUUGCUGGACCCUGCUCAGAAAAUCCUGUACAGAGAUGUGAUGCUGGAGAACUUUAGGAACCUGGCCUCUCUGGCAGGGUAUCAACUCUGCAAGCACAGCCUGAUCACUGAGGUGGAGCAGGAAGAGCGGAGGCCAGAGGGGAGAGGAAUUCUCCAAGGUGCUGGCACAGACUGGGAAACUCAACUUAAAUCAAAAGAUGCAAUUCUUAUGCAGAGUGUUCCUGGGGAAAAAACUUCCAAGAGCAUGAAAAUGGUACCAGCUCAACCUCGUGAGAAACCCUUGGGAUUUAAUCACUGUGGAAAAUUCUUCAGAAAGAACUGUCACCUUAUUUGUACAAGAUUUUGCAAGGGAGAGAAAUGCUACAAAUAUAAGGAAUAUGGGCAAGACUUUGACCAUUUCUCAACUCUUAGGAGUCAUGUGAGUACUCACACUGGAGUAAACAAUCUUGAAUUUAGUGACUGUGGAAUUACUUUCAAUCAAGAGUCGUCCUUCAGGAAACACUUAACUCUCACAGGAGAGAAAUCUUCUGCGUAUAAUCAAUACCUUAUGUCCUUCAGCUUACACUCUUCCUUUUUAGCACACGGACAAAUACCUACUGGAGAGAAACUCUGUGAAUACAGUGACUAUGGAAAAAGAUCUUCCCUUGGUGUCCAAAAAAAAAUGUAUACUGUGGAGGAAAGCUCAAAAUCUAAUGAACAUGGGGAAGUUUUCACUGACCCUUUGUCCCUUCAGAUAUGUGUGAGACCUCACACUGGAGAGAAACCUUAUGAAUGUGGUGAUUGUGGGAAAGCUUUUGUUUUUCAGUCUUCCCUUAAGAAACAUGUGAGAUCACACACUGGAGAGAAACCUUACAAGUGUAAUCAUUGUGGAAAAUCCUUCAGCCAGAGCUCUCAUCUCAAUGUUCACAAAAGAACUCAUACUGGAGAGAAACCCUAUGAUUGUAAAGAAUGUGGCAAGGCUUUCACUGUUCCUUCAUCCCUUCAGAAACAUAUGAGAACCCACACUGGAGAGAAACCCUAUGAAUGCAGUGACUGUGGGAAAGCCUUUAUUGACCAGUCAUCCCUUAAGAAACACAGACGAUCUCACACUGGAGAGAAACCUUAUGAGUGUAAUCAAUGUGGAAAGUCCUUCAGCACAGGCUCUUAUCUUAUUGUACACAAGAGAACUCACACUGGAGAGAAAACCUAUGAGUGUAAAGAAUGUGGGAAGGCCUUUAGGAAUUCCUCUUGCUUAAGGGUACAUAUAAGAACUCACACAGGAGAGAAGCCCUAUAAAUGUAUUCAGUGUGGAAAAGCAUUCAGCACCAGCACUAACCUUAUAAUGCACAAACGAAUACAUACUGGGUAGAAACUCUUAUGAAUGAAAUGACUAUAAGAUAGCUUUAAGGGGUGCUUCAUACCUCACUCCUCCUUUUAGAGCUCGCUCUAGAGAGAAACCCUAUUGUGACCAAUGUAGAAAGCCUUCAGGUACAAAUCUUGAGCUAUGUUAAAAAUGUUACGGUUCUGUGACUGUAUUUAUCAGUGAGUGUUUAAUUCUUAAAGUGUGACAACUUGUUAACUGAUGAGUAUUAAAGGUUAUCUAGCACUCCAAAUUCCCCUUGAUUUACAUCACAAAAGUUUUGAUAUCAGAGUUCCCGUCAUGGCUCAGUGGUUAAUGAAUCGGACUAGGAAC